AUGAAGCUGACAAGCGGCUUCGACGCUCCAAAAACACUAAAUGCCAAUAACAUGGAGACAUUGAUCGAAUGCCAAUCAGAGGGUGAUAUAAAGGAACACCCCCUGCUGGCGCCAUGCGAGAGCGAAGACAGUAUCUGCCAGCUCAUUGAGGUUAAGAAGAGAAAGAAGGUGCCGUCGUGGCCGUUUCUCACGAGAAGGCUGUCCCCUCCGUCAGACUUCCCGGGGGCUCUGUCCCUGUUUGAUCAGCCCUUGGCCAUCAUCUGUGGUGACGACGACACACUCCCCAAACCCAUUCAGGACAUCCUGGCUGCCCUGUGUCUCCGGGGCCCUGCCACGGAGGGCAUCUUCAGGAAGGCGGCCAGCGAGAAAGCCCGCAAGGAGCUGAAGGAGGAGCUCAACUCCGGGGCGGCGGUGGAUGUCACGGGGCUCCCUGUGCACCUCCUGGCUGUCGUCUUCAAGGACUUCCUCAGAGGCAUCCCCCAGAAGCUACUUUCCUGCGACCUCUUUGAAGAGUGGAUGGGGGCCCUGGAGAAGCCAACUGAGGACGACAGAGUCGAGGCGCUGAGAGAGAUCGCGGACAAACUGCCCCGGCCCAACUUCCUGCUGCUCAGGCACCUGCUCCUCGUGCUGCACCUGAUCAGCAAGAACUCCGAGGUGAACAAGAUGGACGCCAGCAACCUGGCCAUCUGCAUCGGGCCCAACGUGCUGUCGCCCGCGCACGACCGCCACUUGUCCUUCGAGGCCCAGAAGAACCUGCACGGGAAGGUUAAGACGCUGGUGGAAUUCCUCAUCGAUAACUGCUUGGAAGUAUUUGGGGAGGACAUUCCGGCUCCUUGCAGCCUCACGUCUGACGACUCCCUGGAACACACUGACAGUUCAGACACGUCCACCCUGCAGAACGACUCCGCCUACGACAGCAAUGACCCCGAUGGCGACACCACCGGUUCCGCGGACUCUCCGGGCCGGCAGCCCCCGGCGGCCAAGGCCGAGGCGGCCAGCUCAGACGGCAGGGCACCGCGGGCCGUGGGCGAGUUCCGGCUGGAGCCCAUUGCAAGCACGGUGGCCAGGCUGAAAAGCUACGCCAGCCAGCCAGACCGGAGGUACUCUGAACCCGGCGCCUCACCCUCCCGGGAGUGCCUGGAGGGCCAGAUGACAAACCAGAAGCUCACCAGGAGUGAGGACGACUUCACCAGGGGGCAGGCUGCAGACCCGUUCCCGGAGGAGGUCUUCCCGGCCCCGCCAGGCAAGGGUGGGAGGCCUGGGGACCUGAAGAUCAGGAACCCGGCCCAGGAUCUGGCGCUGCGGCGGGGGCUGGUGGCCAAGGCCUUCUCCAGCGGCUCCCUGGAUGGGGCGGCUGACAGCCCGCCCCCAGCGUCUCCUUCCAGCCCCAAGAGAAAUUUCUUCACCAGGCAUCAAUCUUUCACCAGCAAGACGGAGAAGAGCAAGCCCAGUCGGGAAAUCAAAAAGCACUCCGUGUCUUUCUCCUUCGCCUCUCACAAGCAAGUGCUGGCCAAGCCCCCCAGCGUGGGCCCCGGGAGAGCCAAAGGCUUCGCCACCGGGGACCAGGGCAGGAGGGUCCUGAAAAGAGAAAGCCAGCUGGCUGGCCGCAUCGUCCAGGAAACGGGGGCCGAACGCUGCAGCCAGACAGCCCUGGACGGCAGCACGCGCUCCUACGCCCUGUUGGUGGACGAGGUGUUCCCGCUGGCUGCGGGCAGGGGCCCCGGGAGCCCCCCGUCCUACGAGGAGGCCGUCCGGUGUCAGGCGGCCGGACUCACGGCCUGUGCGGGCCAGACUGUGGCGAGCAUGAGGGCGAGAAUGCUGGGAGGGGACUCGCGGGACGGGUGGCCCUGGGCUGUGCACCAGCCACCUGAGAUGCUCAUGCUGAGGACCACGCCAGAGUCUCUGCAGAGGGAGAAGCCGGACGGCCGCGGGCUACGCUGCAGCCAGCCAGUCUUUGAGGCAGACCAACUCCAGUAUGUUAAAGAAUCCUAUAUUUAG